GGACCCGCCGUUUGCGUUGGAACUGGGUUUGCCCGGAUUCAGAGCUGCCCAACCGGGAGUGGCAGGAGCAGAGCUGCCCAAUGAGCGCAGCCAGCCGCCUGCUCUGGCGGCCAAGAGUAGCCGCGGCGUAGUUGGGCUCCGGGUCCGCUUAGCGGGAGCGGCGGAGGGCCCACAGCUGCCUCCCGGACUCUCACGCCGCCCCCCCCCCACACUCCGGUCCAGCAAGGGCGGGGCGGGCAGGAUUGACCGGAGCGCCGCCUCCGGGGCUUGUUAGCUGGCUUUCCAGCCUAGCCGAGACUCCUCCGAGCCGACGCUGCGGGAGAGGACCGGCCGUCCUGUCCCAAAGCGCCGGAGCAAGCAGUGCUGGUGACACCACCCCCCCAGGGCAGAACAAGCGGGCAGGAGAGAAGGGCGGGGGGGCCCCCCGGCAGGGAUGCACCCCCCAUAUAAUUGAGAUCGCCCCCCUCGCCGUCAGCACCAGCCUCCCCCCUGCAGGCGGAGGGGUCCUCCUCUCCCACGGGUGAAUCCCCCCCCCUUGUUCCCCCUGAUAAUCUUGGAACGGGGCCUCCCCUUGCCCGUCUUCGGAAGAGCUGCGCCGUUGGGGGCGGGCGCGCAUUGCCUUUGGAUCCCCCGAGGCUGGCGACGCUGCCCAAAUCUCUCUUUGGAUGCCUAACCCUCCCCGCCCCAAUAGACGAUGUUGACCCGGACAGACGACGCCCAUUAGCGUCCGGACCUGGGAUCUGGCCCACUCUUGCAGCAAACAUCCUGGAGGGGACCUCGGGAUCUCGGAACGCUUUGGUUACGCGUGGUUAAGACAGCUCAUUCCCCUCCCCGCGGAAAAGGGCCACCAGCGGCGUGGGCUCGUCGCCCCUCCGCCCUCGGUUGCCUUUCCUCGGAGUUCCUGUUGGGGCAAAAGCGGGUUCUUCGCCCCUUGCACGGAAAGCUUGAGCUGCAGCGUCCGGGAGCUCUUUCGGCCCAGCGUCCGGAGCGCCUGCACCUAGUUGACCUUUACUAUGGGUCCUUCCCGAAAAGAAUUCUUGGUCUUGGGCUACCUCCUUGCAGGGUCAUGCAUCAUCUCCUGCCAGAGUUUGCUUCCCGCUAUUCUCCCAAGUGAAGAGCAAAUGGUGGUGCAGCUGAAUGCCCCCUUCACUUUGAAAUGUUCUGGAGACAGCGAAGUGAGCUGGCAGCAUCCAGCCCCAGAAGGCAACCAUUCCAUCACCAUCAGAAAUGAAGAGAACAACAGCGGCCUUUUCGUGACCGUCCUCGAAGUGGCGAACGCAUCGGCUUCCCUCACCGGAUUAUACAUUUGUUAUUAUAAUCAUUCCCAAGAGGAAGAUGGAGAAGUCGAAGGGAAAGAGAUCUACAUUUUUGUGCCAGAUCCAGCUGUUCCCUUUGUUCCAACCUCCCCAGAAGAUUUGUUCAUCGUUGCCAGCGAGGAAGACAAUUCUUCCAUUAUCCCAUGUCGCACGACUGACCCUAACACUCAAGUCACUCUAAUGAACAGAGAAGGAAAAAUUCUGUACGCCUCGUACGACAACAGGCUGGGCUUCAUUGGAAACUUCUCUUUGGGGUCCUACAUAUGCAAGACCACUGUCAGAGCCGUUAACUUUGAGUCUGGCGAAUUUUUCAUCUAUGUUUACAAAGCUCCAUCAUACCUUCAUGUUGAAAUUGAGUCCCCCAAGACUGUAUAUAAAACAGGAGAAACCAUUAUCGUUACUUGUGUGGUCUUGGAUAAUGAAGUGGUGAACCUAGAGUGGAAUUAUCCGGGGAAAGUGAAGAAUAAAGGAAUAAUCUCCCUUGACGACAUCAAAGUUCCAGCUCAGAAGCUGAUUUAUAAUUUAACCAUUCCAGAUGCAUCAGUGAAGGACAGCGGAGAUUAUGAAUGUGCUGUUAGACACGUGACUAAAGAUUUUAAGAAAAUGGAAAGGAUUGCCAUCUACGUUCACGAUAAAGGGUUCAUUCAUUUGGAGCCCCAUUUCAAGCCCGCGGAGGCCGUCAAUCUACACGAAGUCAAAAACUUUGUAAUUUAUGUCUAUGCAUAUCCAGAGCCAAGGUUGUUUUGGCUAAAGGACAACGUCACACUGAUGGAGAAUCUCACAGAGAUUGUAACCAGUUCCAAGCAAAUCCAAGAAACCAGAUAUCAGAGUGUAUUAAAAUUAAUUCGUGCCAAGGAAGAAGACAGUGGAUAUUAUACACUGGUAGCACAGAAUGAGGACGAAAUUCAAAGAUACACUUUCUCCCUGCUCAUACAAGUUCCAGCUUUAAUUCGGGACCUGGUAGAUAAUCACCACGGCUCUGUUGGGCAGACAGUCAAAUGUUUGGCAGAAGGGACACCCCUCCCCGAUGUGGAAUGGCUGGUUUGCAAGGACAUUAAGAAAUGCAACAAUGACACCUCAUGGACCCUCCUGACCAACAAUAUCUCUGACGUUACGGUGGAGACUCAUCUUGAUGAGAGGAACAUGGUAGCCAGCCAGGUGACUUUUCAGAAGGUGGAAGACAUCAUGGCUGUUCGAUGUAUGGCUAAGAAUGACCUUCGUACUGUUACAAGAGAACUAAAGCUUGUGGCUCCUACAUUAAGAUCGGAACUCACGGUGGCGGCAGCUGUCCUCGUGCUCCUGGUGAUUGUAAUAAUCGCGCUGAUUGUCCUGGUGAUCAUAUGGAAGCAGAAACCCAGAUAUGAGAUCAGAUGGAGAGUCAUUGAGUCGAUCAGUCCCGAUGGCCACGAGUACAUCUACGUGGAUCCUAUGCAAUUGCCCUAUGACUCAAGAUGGGAAUUUCCUAGGGAUGGAUUGGUGCUAGGCCGAAUCCUUGGCUCUGGAGCUUUUGGGAAAGUAGUGGAAGGAACCGCAUAUGGAUUAAGCCGGUCACAACCAGUGAUGAAAGUAGCUGUGAAAAUGUUGAAACCAACGGCAAGGUCCAGCGAAAAGCAGGCUCUUAUGUCUGAAUUAAAGAUAAUGACCCAUCUUGGGCCCCACUUGAACAUUGUCAACCUGUUAGGAGCCUGCACAAAAUCAGGUCCAAUAUACAUCAUAACAGAGUACUGUUUUUAUGGAGACUUGGUGAACUACCUCCAUAAAAAUAGGGAUAAUUUUCUGAGUCGGCACCCGGAAAAGGCGAAGAAGGAUCUGGACAUUUUUGGCAUGAAUUCUGCAGAUGAAAGCACGAGAAGCUAUGUCAUCCUGUCCUUUGAAAAUAAUGGUGAAUAUAUGGAUAUGAAACAAGCAGACACAACUCAGUAUGUGCCCAUGUUAGAAAGAAAAGACAAGUCGAAAUAUUCUGACAUCCAGAGAUCUUUGUAUGAUCGGCCUGCUUCAUAUAAGAAAAAGUCUAUAUUGGAUGGGAAGAAUCUGCUUUCUGAUGAUAAUUCAGAAGGCCUCAGUUUGUUGGACCUUCUGAGCUUCACCUACCAGGUAGCUCGGGGAAUGGAGUUCCUGGCUUCAAAAAACUGCGUGCACCGUGAUCUGGCAGCACGCAAUGUCCUCUUGGCUCAAGGGAAAAUUGUGAAGAUCUGUGACUUUGGGCUAGCAAGAGAUAUCAUGCACGAUUCAAACUAUGUCUCCAAAGGCAGUACCUUCCUUCCAGUGAAAUGGAUGGCACCUGAAAGCAUUUUUGACAACCUGUAUACCACAUUAAGUGAUGUCUGGUCCUAUGGCAUUCUUUUAUGGGAAAUAUUUUCUCUUGGUGGGACCCCAUACCCUGGGAUGAUGGUUGACUCUACCUUCUAUAAUAAAAUAAAAAGUGGCUAUCGGAUGACAAAACCAGAUCAUGCUACCUCUGAGAUGUAUGACAUCAUGGUGAAAUGCUGGAAUAGUGAGCCUGAAAAGAGACCAUCUUUUUACCACUUAAGUGAAAUAGUGGAGAGUCUGUUGCCUGGUGAAUACAAGAAGAGUUAUGAUAGAAUCCACUUGGACUUCUUAAAGAGUGAUCAUCCUGCCGUCACACGCAUGAGAGUGGACUGUGACAAUCCAUAUAUUGGUGUCACUUAUAAGAACGAGGACAAGCUGAAAGACAGGGAGAGUGGAUUUGAUGAACAAAGACUCAGUGCAGACAGUGGCUAUAUAAUCCCGCUGCCUGAUAUUGACCCUGUAUCAGAAGAUGAACUGGGGAAAAGGAACAGACACAGUUCUCAGACUUCUGAGGAAAGCGCCAUUGAAACCGGAUCCAGCAGCUCUACGUUCGUGAAGCGAGAAGACGAAACCGUGGAUGACAUUGACAUUAUCGAUGACAUUGGCAUGGAUUCCUCAGAACUAGUUGAGGACAGCUUCCUGUAACUCUGGAAAGGGGAGCGGACAACUUUGGAGCGGUGUGAAAUGAAAAAGGAAAGAGGAAGAUGAAGAUAAUGACUCGCGAACUUUCAGUUUUGUAAGGAGAAGCACUCCGAAACAGAUGGUAAAGACCUGCCAGUGCUCAUGUCCCUCAACAAGUGGUCUCACAAUCUCCCUUGGUUGGUGAAAGACUUUGAGAAGCUAGUUGUCAAGCAUCCUUCUUCCUUGAAGUACUCCCGGAGCAGCUCAGCCCGUGUUUGCUAUUUCAGCGGAUGGAUGAAUAAAGAAAACAGCCACGGGUACUUCAAUUUGUGUUUCAAGGGCAUUCAUAUCUCAGACGGAUAAAAUUUCUACUACGGUGAAUCAUUGCCAGUGUGAUUGUGUAAAUACCUGUUCCUACCAGGAUAUAUAUAUAUAUAUAUAAUUUUUUUUUUAAAAAAAGAAGACCACUUAAAACUUUGGCAUAUUUACUUCCUGAUGUUUAUAUAAGCUGCUGGUGGAUUAGCACCUGAGACGAAUUACAUAUCAAAAAGAAACCACUUUUGAAACACAUGAAAUGGAUUAACACUAAGUAAUGUUUUAUUUUUUACAGAUAAUGCAAACAAAAGGGAACGAUGGGUAUUUCCAAAAUGUAUUCAAUAGCUUAUUAAAUCAAAUGAGAUUUUUUUGUCCAUAACCAUAGAGGAAUAGUUCUUUAUCUACUGUUCUCAGUAUUACUAAGUAUAGUUUAUAACUACUUCUCGUCCUUUGUUAAAACACAGUGCUAAAGUCAUUACUAACAAACUAAAUCAUUUUAGGAUUUAAGUAUUUACACCAAAAGCUCUUCUAUUUGACUGUUUUGGUACAUUAAAUCUAGUUUAAGAAGUAGGAAUAGAAAGUGUUUUCUAGGGAAUCUAGAUAUUAAUUUUCCAUCUUCAGCAGAAGAGCUUUCUUAAUACAGCGGGCUGAUAUGCUAGUGAAUCUUCACUAACAGAAGUUGAUUUUGCAGAAUAUAGAAAUCUAAAAUGUAUUUUUAAUAAAUUUAAUACAUUUACAAUCAAAUUAUUGUACAAUAGAAAUAGGUGACCAAUGAAUAAGGCUGCUUGGAACAUUGAAGAAUGAUGCCACACAUUUGAAAAGGGGUUUUUUGGGGGGUGGGGGGGUUAUGUAUGACUAGUUAGAAUGGAUACACCAACUGUUCUUUCUGAAAAAGCUUUUUUCUGAGCCUGAAGUUUCCAGUUGUGUAGCUACUUUGUGCAAAAAUGUUUUUGUUCUAAACAAAUUUUCCUACAAAAAUUAGCAAAGGUUUUUUUUUAUUUUGGUUUUUUGUAAUUACUCCAAUGGGCAUUGAAUCAAACAUAAAGUCUUUCCAUGCAUACAGUAUACUUAAAACACAGGUCUGCCUUAUUUCUGUAGAUUUAGGGGAAAAAAGAUGCCACUGCAUUUCUAAAAUGUCAAUCAGGUAGCAUUAAUUCUUCUUUUAUAUAUUCUGAAAUAGGUUUAAUAUUACUCUUUUCUUAAUCUGCCUUUUUAAUAUGUGUAAUAGAGUGUCAAAUUAUUUUAUGAGUUAUAGUGGAAUCCUAUUCACGUCUACUUAAAAGUAAGCCCCAAUCAGUUUUCCGGCUUACUUCCAGAUCAGUGCAUAUAGGAUUGUAGCUUUCAGGCUGUGAUUUUGUCGGAGGGUCUGUGGAAAUAAUAAAACUGGAAUCAGUCUGUACAAAUAAAAGACUGGGAGCGUAUGGUGCACAAGAUGAAAUUCCAUAAUUAUUACUGAAAAUCCAGUCUGGAGUUUUUAUAAAGAGAAAAAUAAGAAAGCGAACUUGCUUAGAAAAAUCUGCCCUUGGUUCUAAAAGCCAAGUUGCACGCAGAUCUGUAUGUGCAAUUUUCUGAAGUCACUCAAUGCUGGAAGCAAAACAAAAACCUUGGCCUCUUGGGAGAGGCAUUUGGCAUAUAAUUACACUCACUGCAAGGCUCCAGAUCAAGAGAUGGAGCAGAGACUUGGCAUUAAGAAAGUGUUGCCCGUGAGCCAAUGGGAAGGCCUGAUGGAUCUCCCGUGGAAUCCGUGUUCCCUAGCUAUCCUUAAAGACACUGCAAAGGUCCCAGAGAGAUGGUUACAUGGAGCAAUAUGUGGCUAGAAUUUAUGACAGUAAAGAGCAGCACAUAAAAAAGGCACUGAGUUGGCAAGGCUGUUUUAGAGAUAGUACCGCAUUUACGCUGAGCUCUAUGCUUGAUCAUUGGGCUGAAAAACACCCAAUCAGAACUUAUCUACAGUGUGAAUCAGUUCUUUGGGUCAUCUCAGCCAUGAUUCAGCAUCGUGGCCGCCCGCUUGAUUCUGAAGAUUAUAUAAAAUGCCGAGUGAUGCUUUAGUCAGGGGUGUCAAACUGCUGGCCGGUCGCAUUAUACGGAGGCCACGCCCACCCCAGCAAUGCAAAAAAAGUCGCGAUACAUCGCGACACGUCACAUGACGUGGGGAGUUUGACACCCGUGCUUUAGUGGAAUAAAUGGUCUCUCCAAACAGAAAGCACGAUUCAGCCGACAUUAAGUUCUUGAAAGAUGUUAAUUUCAACAGCUGAUAGUUACAUGCAUGCUCAAUAACAACCCAAGAGAUUCCAAUGUGCUUUUCUAGGGCUGAUACAAUAUUUCAUUGUAUAUUGUUCUGGAUAUGCCCAACGUCACCGCACCAAAUAAGUAAACCCCAAUUUUCUAGUGAUCUACUCCUACCAGUCUAAUUAAUUACAAGUGGGCUGAGGUCAGAUGCAGACUCCCAAUAUUUUAUUAGCAUGUACCUUCAUCAAGUCUUUGCAUCCCACUGGGCAGAAAAGUGAGAUAAGGAGUUUUAUAAAUAGCAAAAAUAUAUACUUUGCUUUAUGUCCACCAAGCCUUCAUGUUUCACCGAACAUUCAAUGGACUACAACAGAGGUCCCCAACCUUUUGGGCACCAGGGACUGGUUCCGUGGAAAGAGGUUUUUCCGCGGACUGGAGGGUGUGUGGUUUUGUGUGCUGCCUGCAUCCCACAGAUGGGGCUUUGCUUGUUUGUGCGGACAGGUUGUUGACAUGCCGCGGCCCGGUACUGGUCCACGGACCGGGGGUUGGGGACCCCUGGACUACAACAUUCUUGCCUUGUUGACGGUAAUUGUCUCACCUUUCUUUUGUUAUCUCCCAAAGCUUGCCCUACUCCACAAGAUGCAUAGUUUGCUAUUUUGUGGACAAAUCACCUUGCCCUCGCACCCUAUGAAGUAGCAUCUGGCCUUUGUAGGCUCAGAAGCUGCACAGGAUCAGAUCUGGUUCAUAUGCAGAUAGGGGACUGCUAUAAAAUGCGGGGGUUGUAGGUUAGUUUGACCAGUACAAAAAAAAAAAAAAUGCCUGGUAGAAGCCAACAGCGAACUAGUUAGAAAACUACAUAAAUGUUUCCUUGCUGACCUUAAUUCCUUUUUGGAUUAUAGUGCAAAUUGGUACGUACUAUAUGCUGUUCUCUGCUCUCGCUUGCUUGCCAUGCUUCAUGCCUUUGGGCAAUACUUAUUAUGGGACCAAGAUUUAGAUAUGGACCAAAAUCUUUCUUAUUGCCAUAAUCUUCUGAAAACUAUAGCUCCAGAUACGGCAAUGGACUGCACAUUCAAAAAAACCCCUUAAGUCAACCUCAAUCCCAGAGCUAUUUUUUGCAGUUAGAUUGCAGUCCUACGUGACAGUCAGCUCCACAGCAUUAAAUGGAGCCGGUUUUUUUUUUUAGUUGAUGUAUUUAGGAUUGCACUGGAUUUUAGUAAUAUAGUGGCUGAUGAAAAUUAUAGCUACUAAUUUCUACAUUAUGGCUCAGAUUCAGGGAACUUUCAGAAAAAAAGACACGCCCAGUUUCUGUCUGUUCCAUAUAUACAUGACAAUCAAAUCUGCCUGUGAAACAUGACUUUCUUGGUUAGAAUGGCUGACCUAUCCCUUAAAAUGUCUGCAAUUAUACAAAACAGUCCUAUGAUAUAAUGAAGGACAUAAGAUAAGGUGAUGUUAUACAUCGAUAUGUAUAUAGGUAUUUUUAUAUCAAUUUUGAGGAGUUACUGCCAAAACAUUUAUGACAAGCUGUAUCACUGCCUUUGUUAAUAUAUAUAGUUUUUUUUUACUGUGAUAUAUUCCACAGGCACGCUAACUGUUGCACUUUUAAAUGUCCAAAUUUUAUAUUUUAGAUAAGGAAUGAUAAGGAAAAGCGCAUAAGAGCGUUCCGGAUGGUAGCUGGAAGAGUGACUAAAGGUACAAAAAUGUAAUACAACUGCCCCUUUUCUUAUUUUUUUUUGUCUUUAAGAACAUGUAAAUUAAGAUCUUUAUAUUUCAAUAAAUGAUAUAUAUAAUUUAAAAAUA